UUUCAACUGCAGCAACAGUUAGUCAGCCACCUCCGUAGCUUGCUAGACAAAAUAGACGAACCAAUAAAGCUCGUUAGACGCUUUAUUGUAUAUAAUCCACUGUGUUUAAACCCCACUUCUGUCGUCUAGUUAGUUAUCCGAUUUAAUUUCAUAUUUACGGUGUUGUAGAUAUUAUUCAGCUAGCGGGCUGGUUAAGUUAGCAUUAGCCUAGCUAACAUCCUCGACCAUGAGCUCACCAAGCUACUCUCCUCCUGAAGACGAUCAGGUCUGCUUGACGGAGAAAGAGGGUCUGUGGCUAAACGUUAUCGUGAAAGAGGAAGAGGAGGAAGUCAUAAUACAAAAACAAGUAGAGGGUGAGGGUGUUACAGUGAAAGAAGAAGAGAAAGACGUUUCAGUGAAAGAAGAGGAAGAUGCGUUCAGAGUGAAAGAGGAGGAUGUUACUGUAAAAGAAGAGGAGGAAGAGAAAGAGGAGGACGCCGUUUUUGGAGUGAAAGAGGAUGAGGGGGAGAUGACUGUCACAUUGGAAGAAGAGGGGGAUGAAGAGGAGGAAACUGAAUAUCUGGGCUCGGUAUCCCAAAGGCAUGUUAAGGCAUCCAAUAGUUCUCACGAAGGACGGUUUCUGAUUAACACCAGAGAGAGACGUGACUAUCGUGGAUCCUCUGGGGAGCCUCAACAACAUCAUGAUGCUGGCGAGGCAGAGAAGAGUCUCUCCAGAUCAGAACACCUCAAGAAACACCUGCAGAGAUCCACAGGGAAGAAAUCUCACUGCUGCUCUGACUGUGGGAAGAGAUUCAACUCUUCAGUAAAACUUAAAAUACAUCAAAGAAUUCACACUGGAGUGAAACCAUAUAGCUGUAGUCAAUGUGGGAAGAGUUUUUCUACAUCUCGCUAUCUAACUAUACACCAGAGAACACACACAGGAGAGAAACCUUUUGGCUGUGAUCACUGUGGGAAGAGUUUUAUUCGGCAACAAACCCUGAAAUCACACCAGAGAAUACACACUGGAGAGAAACCUUACAGCUGUAAUCAAUGUGGGAAGAGUUUUUCUACAUCUAGCUAUGUAACUAUACACCAGAGAACACACACAGGAGAAAAACCAUAUAGCUGUAAUCAAUGUGAGAAGAGUUUUACUUGGCCAGACAGCCUGAUAGUACACCAGAGAACACACACAGGAGAGAAACCUUGUAGCUGUGAUCAAUGUGGGAAGAGUUUUACUACAUCUAGCCUGCUGACUUUGCACCAGAGGACACACACAGGAGAGAAAUCUUGUAGCUGUGAUCAAUGUGGGAAGAGUUUUACUCGGCCAUACAACCUGAUAGUACACCAGAGAACACACACAGGAGAGAAACCUUGUAGCUGUGAUCAAUGUGGGAAGAGUUUUACUACAUCUAGCCAGCUGACUUUGCACCAGAGAACACACACAGGAGAAAAACCGUUUAGGUGUGAUCAAUGUGGGAAGAGUUUUACUAGAUCUAGCUAUCUAACUAUACACCAGAGAACACACACAGGAGAGAAUCCUUGCUGUAAUCAAUGUGGGAAGAGAUACUCUGAUAAAAGAUCUCUGACUAAACAUCAGAAAAUACAUGAAGGAGUUGUUUCAUGAUAUCAAUGAAAUGUCACAAUGUAGAAUGUUUUAACAUUGUAGUAACAGUAUUCUAAUGAUGUCAGAAUAUAGAAUGUUUUAACAUUGUAGUAACAGUAUUGUAAUGAUGUCUCAUUGUAGAAUGUUUUAACAUUGUAGUAGCAGUAUUUUAAUGUCACAUUGUAGAAUGUUUUAACAUUGUAGUAGCAGUAUUUUAAUGAUGUCACAAUGUAGAAUGUUUUAACAUUGUAGUAGCAGUAUUCUAAUGAUGUCACAAUAUAGAAUGUUUUAACAUUGUGGGAGCAGUAUUUUAAUGAAUGUCAGAAUGUUGAAGCCUAAAUGUUUGCCCCUUGUUCAAUUGAUAUUAGUUACUAAGGAUAUUGCAGGAGUUUCUUCUUGAAAUCAGAUAUGUCCUUGUGAGGACAACUUGGUUGCUGAUUGUAUCAAGGGUGGGCAGUCAAAAAGAUUAGUGUUUUGCGUUUAGCCAGUGCGUUACCAUGGCUACCACAAUUUAUAUUGACUGCAUGUUUUUCCGUAUUGGAGAUUUACAUUUACAUUUAAGUCAUUUAGCAGACGCUCUUAUCCAGAGCGACUUACAAAUUGGUGCAUUCACCUUAUGACAUCCAGUGGAACAGUCACUUUACAAUAGUGCAUCUAAAUCUUAAAGGGGGGGGGGUGAGAAGGAUUACUUAUCCUAUCCUAGGUAUUCCUUAAAGAGGUGGGGUUUCAGGUGUCUCCGGAAGGUGGUGAUUGACUCCGCUGUCCUGGCGUCGUGAGAUGAGUUUUGUUUGGGCUCCUCCCAGUGUUCUAGAAGCUAGUGAGUUUUAGGAAGAAGAGAGUUCUAGAAGCGAGUGAGUUUUAGGAUUCUAUAGUCAGAAAAAGGAUUAAAAAAAUAAUACUAUUGUAUAUUAUUAUUUAGAAAUGUGUUUUUUCUUGUUUUUAAUCUUUGACCGCCAGUAGACACCAUGUUUAUAUUGUAGAAGGUGAAGCAUUGUAGUAGAUAAUGUGAAAUGGAAGUUGUUUUCUGUUGGUGGUGCGCAAACUUUUCCAAGAAAAAUAUAGGAUAUAUUUGUUGUAUUUUGUUUUGAGGUUGGACUUUAGCACGUAGAGCUCGUUGGCACGUAUAGCUUGUUAGCACGUAGGAUGCACUCGUUAGUCAGUAUGUGUUACACCUGUGCAGGCUUGUCCAUCUUGUUAGUGGGAAGGUGUUUCACCUGAGCUGGUCCAGGUUCUAUUUAAGAGCGUCUGGCCCAGUGCUCCAGUUGUCUUGAUAGAUGUGAAGAGUCUCCACCUUUUUGGUUUGCUUCCUGUCUUUUAGUUUGGUGUGGGUUUUUCUUUUGUUUGCCUCUUCGUGGGCAGAUUUAGUGGGUCUCAUGGUGGAUAACUUUUAGGUCCCAGUUGUUGUUACUAGUCAACUUUCAGAACCCCUCGUAAAACCCCACCUGUUUAUUUGUGGUUGUUGUCAGUGACUCUAGUCUUUCAGUUAUUCUGUUUUUUUAUACUGUUUGUUGUGGUAAAUAUUUCUGUUUAAAAAAAUAAAAAAUCCAGUGAAGCCA